AUGAAUUCCUUCCAGAAGAUAUACAUCGGUCUGGCUUUCUUGCCCACUAUCAUCAUCUUCCACCUUGGUCAGCUUACACUUGUUGAUGGUCUAUAUCGAUAUCCAGAGGUUAGUUGCAUGCCGCACUUCGACAGCGUAUACGGAAAUCCAACUGCCUCCUGCUGGUUUGACUCCCAGACAAAGUUCAACUGCAGGAAAACAUCCUGCAAGUCAUUUGACCAUCCGGACCGCCCUUUCGGUAAACUUGCGUUUUCAGGUUGUGUACAUGACGGAGUACCAAAAAACGGUGUAGUACAUCCACGUAACUAUCACCAUUACCCUUCUGGUGACGAUAAAUGGCUCCCAGGCAAAUUCGGAUAUGUUGCUGCCUUUGACAGUAGCACUCAACUUUGGUAUAACUGCCCGUAUACUGCGAGCAAGGACAAUACAGAUAACUAUCAUUUACAUUGUAUAUAA